AUGGCUCCAAUUGAUGAUGCGAUUGCAGAUUUAGAGUCGCAAGAACCCGGAGAAAAAAUUGUAUUAGCAGAGUUUGCGAGGAAAUGGGGUGUCAGCCGCGCAACUCUAUCGCGGAGGUGGAGGCGCGUGACAGGGCCUAGGAGUAAUGGAUACGCUCAGCAGCAAGCUAUCAGCCCACAACAAGAGCUAGAGCUUGUGAGAUAUAUCAAAACGCUUACAGAGAGAGGCCUUCCUCCUAUAAGAGAGAUGAUUAGGAAUUUCUUAUCAGAAGUAGCCCAUCAGCAGCUCAGCGAGAGCUAG